AUGCGCCCACAAGGCCUCGACGUCACCGGUUUCGAGGUGGGAGGUCUUCGAGAGGUCGUGGCGGUCGAGGCGGUCGAGGUAGUCGUCAGGAAGGUCCACCUGUUGACAGCAGCAAUCAGCCGGAUUUCAGGGUUCCAGAGACUUCAUCAGCUGCGGCCGCCCCGGCUCCAGUCCGCGGGUCCUCAGCUUCAGGCACUGCCAGAGGUAGAGGACGAAAAGGCCCCCGAAAUCCGAAGAGGGGGGGUGCUCCAAAUGGACAAAGCACAACAAUCGGUGUACAGAGAGCCUUUGGCGGUCAUCUAA